CGGCGGCGGCGGCGGCGGCGGCAGCAGCUCGGAGCGGGCUCCGGGGCUGGAACGCAACGGCCGGAGGACGCCGGGCUGCGAGGAUUACCGGGGGAAGUGCUCGUCUGUCGGCUGGAGCCGCGGAGAGGGGCGCUCGGCGCGGAGGGCCGGCGCGAGGGGAGACAGGCUCGGGCGGCCGCGGCGGGCGCCCGCGAGGAGCGCGGGCACCGGACGAGCAGGCCGCGUCGCGCUCACCAUGGUCAGCUGCUGGGACACCGGGGUCCUGCUCUGCGCGCUGCUCGGCGGUCUGCUGCUCACAGGAUGUAGUUCAGGUUCAAAAUUAAAAGGUCCUGAGCUGAGUUUCAAAGGCACCCAGCACGUGCUGCAAGCAGGCCAGACGCUGUAUCUCAAAUGCAGAGGGGAGGGGGCCCAUUCAUGGUCUUUGCCUGAAACAGUGAGUAAGGAAAGCCAAAGCCGGAGGCUGAGCAUAACUAAGUCUGCCUGUGGGAGGAGUGGCAAGCAGUUCUGCAGCACUUUGACUCUGAACGCGGCUCAGGCCAACCACACCGGCUUCUACAGCUGCAAAUAUCUCUCCGCACCUGCUUCCAAGAAAAAGAAAGCGGAAUCUACAAUCUACAUAUUUAUUAAUGAUACAGGUAGACCUUUCUUAGAGAUGCACAGUGAAAUCCCGGAAAUUGUAAACAUGACGGAAGGAAAGGAGGUCGUCAUCCCCUGCCGGGUUACGUCACCUAACAUCACUGUUACUUUAAAAAAGUUUCCAUUUGAUACUCUGAUCCCUGAUGGAAAGAGAAUAAUGUGGGACAGUAGGAAGGGCUUUAUAAUAUCAAAUGCAACCUACAAAGAAAUAGGGCUUCUGACCUGUGAAACAACAGUCAACGGACAGGAGUACAAGACAAACUAUCUCACCCUUCGACAAACCAACACAAUCACAGACGUCCAAAUCAGCACGCCAAGCCCAGUCAGAUUACUUAGAGGUCAUGCUCUCACCCUCAACUGCACAGUCACCACUCCCUUGAACACCAGAGUUCAGAUGACCUGGAGUUACCCUGGGGAAAUAAAAAAGAGAGCCUCUAUAAGGCAACGAAUUGACCGGCGGAAUUCCCAUAACAAUGUAUUCUACAGCGUUCUUGUUAUUGACAAAGUGCAGAACAGAGACAAAGGACUUUACAUUUGUCGUGUGAAAAGCGGCCCGUCAUUGAAAUCUGUGAACACCUCAGUGCAUAUAUAUGAUAAAGCGUUCAUCACGGUGAAACCUCGACAGCAGCAGGUGUUUGAGACUGUAGCUGGCACGCGGUCUUAUCGGCUCUCUGUGAAAGUGAAGGCGUUUCCCUCGCCGGAAGUUGUAUGGUUAAAAGAUGGGUUACCAGCCACUGAGAAAUCUGCCCGCUAUCUGGUUCGCGGCUAUUCGUUAAUCAUCAAAGAUGUGACUGCCGAAGACGCCGGGGAUUACACAAUCUUGCUGGGCCUAAAGAUGUCGAAUGUGUUCAAAAACCUCACCGCCACUCUAAUUGUCAAUGUGAAACCCCAGAUUUACGAAAAGGCUGUAUCAUCGUUUCCAGACCCGACUCUCUACCCGCUGGGCAGCAGACAAACCCUGACUUGCACCAUUUAUGGUAUCCCUCAACCUACCAUCACGUGGUUCUGGCAUCCCUGUAACCGUAAUCAUUCCAAAGCAAGGUAUGACUUUUGCUCCAAUAAUGAAGAGUCCUUUAUCCUGGAUCCUGACAGCACCGUAGGAAACAGAAUUGAGAGCAUCACGCAGCGCACGGCAGUCUUAGAAGGAAAGAAUAAGACGGCUAGCACCUUGGCUGUGGCUGACUCUAGAAUUUCUGGAAUCUACAGUUGCAUGGCUGCCAAUAAAGUAGGGACUGUGGAAAGAAACAUAAACUUUUACAUCACAGAUGUACCCAACGGAUUUCACAUUAACUUGGAAAAAAUGCCUACGGAGGGAGAGGACCUGAAACUGUCAUGCACAGUUAACAAGUUCUUAUACAGAGACAUCACCUGGAUCUUGCUGCGGACAGUGAAUAACCGAACCAUGCAGCAUAGCAUCAGCAAGCAAAAAAUGGCCAUCACGAAAGAGUACUCCGUGACGCUUAACCUCAUCAUCAAGAACGUUUCCCUGGAAGAUUCGGGCACCUAUGCCUGCCGAGCCAGGAACAUGUACACAGGGGAAGAAACCCUCCAGAAGAAAGAAGUGACCAUUAGAGAUCAGGAAGCACCCUACCUCGUCCGAAACCUCAGUGAUCACACAGUGGCCAUCAGCAGUUCUACGACUUUAGAUUGCCAUGCUAACGGUGUCCCAGAGCCUCAGAUAACCUGGUUUAAAAACCACCACAAAAUACAACAAGAACCUGGAAUUAUUUUAGGACCAGGAAGCAGCACGCUGUUUAUUGAAAGAGUCACGGAAGAGGAUGAGGGCGUCUAUCACUGCAAAGCCACCAACCAGAAGGGGUCCGCGGAGAGUUCGGCAUACCUCACCGUGCAAGGAACCUCAGACAAGUCUAAUCUGGAGCUGAUCACUCUGACGUGUACCUGCGUGGCUGCAACCCUCUUCUGGCUCCUGUUAACUCUCUUUAUCCGAAAACUGAAAAGGUCUUCUUCCGAGGUGAAGGCUGACUACCUGUCGAUUAUCGUGGACCCAGACGAAGUCCCCCUGGACGAGCGAUGCGAAGGACUCCCUUACGACGCCAGCAAGUGGGAGUUUGCCCGGGAGAGACUUAAACUGGGCAAAUCGCUUGGAAGAGGGGCUUUUGGAAAAGUGGUCCAAGCGUCUGCAUUUGGCAUUAAGAAAUCACCUACAUGCCGGACGGUGGCUGUAAAAAUGCUGAAAGAGGGGGCCACGGCCAGUGAGCACAAGGCUCUGAUGACCGAGCUCAAGAUCCUGACCCACAUCGGCCACCACCUGAACGUCGUCAACCUGCUGGGAGCCUGCACCAAGCAAGGAGGGCCUCUGAUGGUGAUCGUUGAAUACUGCAAACACGGAAAUCUAUCCAACUAUCUCAAGAGCAAACGGGCCUUAUUCUUUCUCAACAAGGAUGCAGCCUUACACGUGGAACCCAAGAAAGAGAAAAUGGAGCCAGACCUGGAGCAGGGCGAGAAACAAAGACUAGAUAGCGUUACCAGCAGCGAGAGCUUCGCAAGCUCUGGGUUUCAGGAAGACAGAAGUCUGAGUGAUGCUGAGGAAGAGGAGGAUUCUGACGAUUUCUACAAGCAGCCCAUCACUAUGGAAGAUCUGAUUUCUUACAGUUUUCAAGUGGCCAGAGGCAUGGAGUUUUUGUCUUCCAGAAAGUGCAUUCAUCGGGACCUGGCAGCACGAAACAUACUGCUCUCUGAGAACAACGUGGUGAAGAUUUGCGAUUUUGGCCUUGCCCGGGAUAUUUAUAAGAACCCCGAUUACGUGAGAAAAGGAGAUACUCGACUUCCUCUGAAAUGGAUGGCUCCCGAAUCCAUCUUUGACAAAAUCUACAGCACCAAGAGCGACGUGUGGUCUUACGGAGUUCUGCUGUGGGAAAUCUUCUCCCUAGGUGGGUCCCCGUACCCGGGCGUGCAGCUGGACGAGGACUUCUGCAGCCGCCUGAAGGACGGCAUGAGGAUGCGGGCCCCGGAGCACGCCACGCCCGAAAUCUACCAGAUCAUGUUGGACUGCUGGCACAGAGACCCAAAAGAAAGGCCAAGGUUUGCAGAACUUGUGGAAAAACUAGGCGACUUGCUUCAAGCCAACGUACAACAGGGUGGCAAAGACUACAUCCCACUCAAUGCCAUACUGACAGGAAAUCGUGGGUUUACGUACUCCACUCCCACCUUCUCGGAGGACUUCUUCAAGGAAGAUAUUUCUGCUCCAAAGUUUAAUUCAGGAAGUUCUGAUAAUGUCAGAUAUGUAAAUGCUUUCAAUUUCAUCAGCCUGGAAAAAAUCAAAACCUUUGAAGAACUUUCACCAAAUACCACCUCCACGCUUGAUGACUACCCGGCGGACAGUGGCGCCCUGCUGGCCUCCCCCUUGCUAAAGCGCUUCACCUGGGCCGAGAGUAAACCCAAGGCCUCACUGAAGAUUGACUUGAGAGUAACCAGUACAAGUAAGGAGUCGGGCCUUUCUGACCUCAGCAGACCCGCGUUCUGCCAUGCCAGCUGCGGGCACCUCAGCAGAGGCCGGCGCAGAUUCACCUAUGACCCCUCGGAGCCGGAGAGGAAGCUUUCGUGCUGCUCUCCCCCGCCCUACUACAACUCCGUGGUGCCGUACUCCACCGCACCCGUCUAGAGCCCGACUCAGCACAGCCUUCUUUCUAGGGCCACGUGUGUGUUUAUACCCCCAGAAAAGUAGCUUUUGCCAGUAUUAUGCAUAUAUAAAUCGACACCUUUUCCUUUCCACAGAAGCCAGCUGCUUUUGUGUGACUGUUAAUAGUGCUUUUGUCUCUUUUGACUAACAAGAAUGUAACCCCAGAUAGAGGAAUAGUGACAAGCCAAGAGCACCACUGCCAACCCUCGCGGGCCUCAGAGGGUAGGAGAAAUCCUUCCUCAGCCCCAGGACUUGCCUCCUCUCCCCGGGACCCCGGGGCCGCCGGCGCUCCGGGUGGUUCGGGACACACACUGUCACCUGUCACCGCAGCUCAGACUCGGGCGGGUCAGCAAGGCCUGUGCUGCCAAGGCGUGGCUCUGGGGCCCUGCAGCA